CUUCAAUACCAACAGGAUUUAACUAUGAAAAAAUAGAUGGUAUACACUCAUUGUCUUGGGUAAGCGGUUUUAAUGGUGGAAACCGUCAAACUUUCAUUAUUCAGAUGUCACUUUCUGACCAAGACAGCUGGCAAAAUAGGACAUCAAUUACUGAAGAGUUGGGUGUGAAGAAUUUUAUAGUUUAUUCUGUUAAUAUGUCUGAUUUAACGCCAGGAACAUACAAAGCAAGAAUAUAUGCAUGGAAUAAGAAUGGAUAUUCGGACUAUGUCAUCUUAAAUGGAACAAUUACAAUUACAAAACAAGAACCAGGAGAGGCACCAUUUCCAGUUGGUAUUGUUGCAGGAGUUGUGUCAUCUGUUGUUGCUCUUGGUAUUGCUGCUGCAAUUGGAUUUUUUGUUUUAAGAAGAUUAAGAACAAAAGAUGAAAGCCGGUCAAAGUUAAACAGUCGGUCUGGUACAGGUGAUGAAGACUCUGAUGAUGAAGAUGAAGUUAAUACUGUCAAUCCAAUGUAUGUUUCUGCUGAUGAGGUAAAAUCCGGAACCUCAGCUAACAAUGAAAAAAAAAAAGAUGAUGUGUAUGCUAUGGUUGAUAAAAAACCAAAGAAGGCAAAUGUUGGUUUGGAUAAUUUGUAUGCUAUGCCAGAGAAAAAAGACAAGAAGAACCAGAAGAAGGGAGAUGUAAAGAAGAGGAAGAAAGAUAAACCGAAGAAGGAAACAGGAGGAGAUGUUUAUGAAAAUGCACCAGUAAAUGCCAUAGGAUCAGGAAAGAAAACUGCUUAUGAAGAAAACCCAUAUGAAAAUCCUGAGAUAUCUGAUACAAGAAAGGCUCCACUGAGGAACAAGGAUGGAUUGAUAUAUGCUGACUUGGCAUUUAAUGACCAGCCAAAGGGACAGAAAAAGCUUGUUAUUCAUGGCUUAGAUGACAUGACAGAAUAUGUUGAAGUGGAUUUUACUAAAAGAGCAGACCCUUUGCCUGAUAGUGAUGAGGAAAAUAAAUAAUAAUACGGAGCUUUUAUGUUUGAAUGGUGAAGAUUUAACUUUGUAUAAACAAUGUCUUCAUUUUUUUCUGUAUCAUUGCCUCUCUACAAAUUUUUGUCGGUAUAUUUAUGCAUGUUUUCUUUUGCAAAGAUACUUUUAAUAAUGAUUGCAAAAUAGAUUCGAUUUAAAAGUGGCAUAUGCACUUAUAUUAAUAAUAAGGAUGCUUUAAAGCUGUAUGCUUCCCACUACAAGCUUUUUUUAUUCAUUCAUAUAUUGUUUUUUUAGUAAAAGUUUUUAUGUUAAAGCAGCACGCCUCCAGAUUAAUGCUUAUUUUCAUACAAAUUUUGAAUAUGAAAUUAAAUUUAUAUUAUUUAUAGUAACCAAAAGGAAUAAUUUACACAUUAUCAUUGUCAUUUACAACUCCAUUUCUUACACAAAAAUGUCAAGUAUGCAAAAAAUGCCCAUACUGCAUUAGUAACGCAGUAGAAAUAUAGUUACGCAUAAUGAUAAAUUCACUAUAUAUCGCUCAUAACGUAAUUAUAACUUGAAUCUUGAAUCUUUCUACUUUGCAUAAAAUCUUAGUACGUUUGUCACAAGUUUGGUAAAUGGAAAUAUUUUUGCUCAUCUGGAGGCAUGCUUCUUUAAAUUAAGUGAUUAAGUUAGUCAUUUACAUUCCACAGAUUUUUCUUAAAAUUUUCAAAAUAUGAUAAAAUAUUUUUUUGGUACAUGUAUUAACAAGGUUUUUUCCCCUCACAUUGAUAGAUUGGAGGGUAUAUUGUUUUUGUUUGUCAAAAAAGUAACUUCGAAUGAAACAACUCAGAUGCAUGCACCUUUAUGAGCUCUUCUGACUGGCCAACAUAGAAGUCACAAGUCCAAAGUUCAAGGCUACCAUGACUCCAAAAAGACAGUACUAAUACUUGAUAAUAAAGUAAAUGUGCUUCUAUCCACAGCAUUGUUACUAAAAUUGUGUAUGCACUGUCAUGAGCUAUGCUGACCAGACCAAUUUAAAGGUUGCGGUCUUCUUGACCUCCAAAAAAUAAAUAUUUACUGAGGCCAUAAAACAAGCCUUUCCAUCCAUAGCCUUCAAACACAGACUUAUGACCUUGAUCUGCAUUACCGGAAAGACCAACUCAGAAAAUAAUUGGUCAGGGUCAUGUGGUCUCAAAUAGCCAAUUUUUACUUUGGCAAUAAAAUAAAAUAUGCAUGCUUCCAAUGAAUUCCAACCUCACAUGUUUAUGCAUCUUCAUGUGCUAUAUCCAUUGGACCAACUAAGAGAUCAAAGGUGUAGGUCACCAUAACCCAUUACAGCAAAUAUUAAAUUUGCAAAUUAAAGUUCUUUCUUACUACAAGUGUAUGAAUUUCCUUUUUUUAAUUAUUAAAAUUAAUUAUGUUUCCCAAGAAAAUUGUAUAAGGCAUAUUAUGUCUCAAAAUGCUAUAAUUAUUUUUGUCUCAGAAACUCUCAAUUAUUGGUAUUUUGUUACAGUUUCCAAAAAAAACAACAACAAAAAAAACAACUCAUUUGUCACAUAAUUGAACUAUCAUUGCCUUUUUUGCUCUGUUGACGAUUUGUAUAGUUAUAGUAAAGUACUUUUGAUUUUUUUUAUUUAAGUCAAAAUACUACUUUGUUUCCUUUUUGCUACCUUUACGACACAUAACUACACAUUCAGCACUCGUGUCUUUAGCUGUUAAAUAUCUUAAAUGCUGUAAAUGAACUAUUAUUAACAUUAAGAUUAUUUUAUAUGUUUGACAUUUCUAAAGACUUUGAUUAACAUAUAGUUUCAAGGCAUAAAAUACCUUUAAGUAUUACACAUAACAGAACUUUGAAUCAUUGAAUAUAUUAUUUUUUUGAUGUACAUAUUAAGUUGUUUUUUCAACAGUUUAUCUUUGUUUUAAUCUGUCAAAGGAAGUAAAAUUCCAUAUAUUUUAGCUAAAAUGCUAGUCCUACAAUAAUAGUUUAAAUGACAAAGGAAUUAUAUUUUAUUGUUUUGUAACACCUGAGGUUUGCAAAAAUCAUCUUUUCUGUUUCGAUAUCAUGUAACCUAAACUGUGAUAGUGCAAUGAAAAACCAAACAAAAAUGAUUUAUCUUUAUAUAGUUUAUUUUUUAUAUGCUAUAAUCAGAGAAUGUUUACUUUGAUAAUUUAGCUUUACCCUGCUUGAAACAAAAGCAUUUGCCACAAGUAUAGGCCUGUAGUCUGACACAGCUGUAUAUACUAUUGGCUUCUUGAUAUCCCCAAAUUUAUAUUGAACUGUUUCCAAAUAAGGAAAUUUGACAAGUGCAUUUUCAUAAUUCAGCAGGUUAAAGCUAAUUUUUGUGCCAUUUUUAACUCACCUGUCACAAAGUUACAAGGUGAGCUUUUGUGAUCAUAAUUCGUCCAGAAUCUGUCCGUUGUCCGUCUGUAAACAUUUAACUUUAAAACAACAUCUCCUCAUAAACCACUAAGCCAAUUUCAUCUAAACUUCGCAGGAAUGUUCCUUUGAUGAUAACCUUUAAAAAUUGUUCGAAGAAUUUAAUUCUAUGCAGAACUCAACCAUGGAAACCGGAAGAAAAAACUAAAAAUUAUUCCUUUAAAAAACCCAUAGAGCCUGAGCUUAGAUUUUUGGCAUGAAACAUUUUCUAGUGAGUAUCUACCACGUUUGUUUAAAUAAAAGCCCUUGGGUCAAAAAUGGCCCCGCCCCGGGGGUCAUUGAUUCUCCUUAUAUGUUUAUAAUAAAAAUUUAAAUAGUAAGCAUGAAACAUCUUGUAAUGGGUGUUUACCAAGUUUGUUAAAAUAAAAGCCCUAGGGUCAUAAUUGGCCCUGCCCUUUGUGUCAUUGAUUUUUCGUAUAUGUAUGUAUAUUAAACAUGAAACAUCUUAAAAUGGGUGUCUACCAAGUUUGUUCAAAUAAAAUGCCACCCUGCCCGUGGUGUCAUUGAUUUUCCUUAUAUGUAUAUGGUAAAAACUUAAAAAAUCUUCUCUUAAAAAACCUAAAGAGCUAGAGCUUAGAUAUUAAGCAUUAAACUUGUUCUAGUCAGCAAGUUGUUGCUACUUCGCUUUUAGCGAACUUCGGUUAUAACGAACGAUAUUUUAAUGUCCCAUUGAGUUCGUUAUAACCGGAGUCGACUAUAUUUUCAAAUGAGUGUCUAUCAAGUUUGUUUAAAUAAAAGUCCGUAGGUCAAAAUUUGACCUCCCCGGGGGAAAUUGAUUUUUGCUUAUAUGUACACAUCUUUUGAAAUUGUUGUUUUCCCUAAGCAAUAGCAACCAGUAUUGUUUUUACACAUGUUCUAUUACAGAUACUAAUUUGAACUUUGUAUAUGAACUUUGUGUGUUUAAGAUUAAGAUUUUACAUCUGCUUUUGUUUAUAGUUUAAAUAUCACGGGGGAGAAUCACGCCGUUCGUUACCCAAACAAACAAGAUGGC